AUGAACAACGCAGUCGACCACUACUUCGAGUUCAACACGGUGCCCAAAUUCGUUCAUCUCGCCGAAACUUCCGAUGCGUUUGACCCAGUGGUCGAAAAUUUCUUCAAGCGAAGCAGCAGCGGGAUUCAAGCUGACUUCGAGUCUGACGAUGCCGAAAACAUGCCACCUGGUCCAGCCGGCGACAAGCACAUGCUGAAAAUUGAGUUUGUGCCCGAGGAGGAAAUGGAGAAAGCUGAGGCGAUUCCCGAGUUGGAUCAAACGAUGAACAAUGAAGACGAGGCCGAGAUAAUCAACAACCUGGCCAAUGAUUUGAAGAAGUUGAGCAUGUUCAGUGAACAGCCUAAAAAAAUUCGUCGCUCACAGAUCGAACAAGAAGAAAGAAAAGCUGCCGCAAAGGAAGAGCAACAGCAACCAUCCGAUAGAUACAAUCUUCGUCAACGCACACCAUCACAAAGUGCUCAGCGUACAAAUGUCACCACUUCGAACAAGAAACCAUCAAUCGGUCGCCAACGCUUCACGGCAUCAAAGACAACUCCUCGUCCACCAACGCCACGUAGUGGAUCAGUUGAGCCUCAAAUUCGAGGGCGUACAUUGGAUUUGUCGACAUCACAUUCACGCUCACGAUCGACUUCUAUGCACACCGCGAGGGCUCCCAGCACAACUCGACGCGCUCCAAGUGCCGAACCAGUUUCUCGUCUCGCUAAGCCACCAACUCCACAGCUGAAUAAGCUACCAACUCCACAGCUGAACAGGCCGCCAACACCUUGCCUCAACAAGCCAGCACCUGUCAAGCGAACUUCUGCCGCCCCACCAUCAAAGGCUGGACCUGUUCGUGUACUUCCUGGUGCAAAGGUACCACCAGUCAACAAGCCAGCUGCUCAGCGUCCGACAGUGCCUGUAGUUCGUCGUCCAUCAGCGCCUUCAGUGCGUCGUCCUUCGGGUGCCUUAUCAUCUGCCGUCGUCAAGAGAACUUCAGUCCCAGCAACUCGCGCAGCUCCAGAAUCUGCUUCUUGUGUUCCAACUGCAAACACAUCUGUCACUCGUCCCGUCGCAUCGUCUGUCAUUCCAAAGCCAACAGGACUGCGUCAACCCGGUGUCACUCCUGUAACGCGAAUGGGAAACGUUUCACGACUUGCAUCAAACAAGCCUACGCAACUGGGACAGCCAACACGUCAAGGCGGAGUAGCAGGCACACCAAAACGAGCUCCUCAAUCGACCGGGCUGCGUCUGACUAAUCCCUCCCCAUUGAGCUGGGUGGAACGCUUGUCCAGACCAAAAAUGAUGACUCCAACUGUAGUUGCCGCUCGUGAAAGCCGGCUCGAGCAAAGGAAUAAUUCCGUUCGUCAAGCAUCCGCUGCUCGCCAACCUGGACAUCCGCUCCGAAUCGCCAAAACCAGCACGAAC